AUGAAAAUCGAUCCUGUAGGAUCUUUUCGUAAGCGACUUGCUCCGUUCCAGUUUGUCUUCGAGCUGGAUUCCCCCAUGAGCAAGGUCAACUCUGACGAAUCUGUGCGAAUCCUUAUCCAAUCUCGACUAUAUCCCCGAAUCCGUAUCCGGGCUGUUACUCCAGUAAUCAAAAUGAUCCUUUGCAUGUGGAUACCGUCAGAUGUACUGGACAGGGAUGCAUCAGGCAGUAUCUUAGUGGAGGACUAUUCGGAAGACUCCCGUCCCUGCUGUCCCUGGCCCCCAAACCGUCAGGGAAUCAGAAAAGGGAUUCAGAAGAGGAUUCCCAUCACCAAGUGGCUUCCCCAAUACAACUUGAAAUAUCUGGUGUGUGACAUUAUCGCAGGCUUGACUGUUGGGCUCACCAUCCUCCCUCAGGGACUCGCAUAUGCUAAAAUCGCCAACCUCCCCGUCCAGUACGGUCUGUACUCAGGAUUCAUUGGAUGCUUCGUGUACCUGUUUUUCGGGAGUGUGAAGGAUGUGACUGUUGGUCCAACAGCCAUUAUCUGCCUCGUCCUUGGCCAAUUCGUCAAUAGCCAUGCAUUCGGCGAUCAAUACGUGGAAUAUGCAAUUCUCCUCUGCUUCCUUACCGGCAUCGUCGAACUCAUUCUUGGAAUCACCAGACUAGCAUACCUUAAGCGUUUGCUUCCUCUUCUCGCUUCCUCUUCUCUUCAGUACUUCCAGCCAGACCGAGAGAGACUCGGUGGCAAGGUCCCCGGUAGGGGAGCUGAAUACUUGCGGAAGUACAAUCUCAAUCGAAACCUCCCCUAA